GAAUAUUUAACCAAAAUUUAAAUUAAUUGGUCAGUGUGUGUGACCGUAGUUCAUGCGAAGGAGAGAGCGUGUCACAUUGGCCACAAUAAUCGGCGAUCCCACGUCAAAGAGAUCAGUCAAAUUUUGCGCCAUUGUCAUUCUACAAUAACUCAAAAUCCCCGAGACCUCGCUCAGCAAAAUCCGAACCCGAUCGCAGAAAAACAUGGCCCACGAAGGGAAGGCGGACGAGCAACUCUUCCAGCUUCUUGCUGGUCUUCUUCACCAGGUUGAAUCACUUACAAACCAGGAAGAAGUUGAAUUGCGUACAAAGAUCGAAGCCCUCGGACUUGAAGUUACAAAAGUACCCUCAAAGUCCUUAAAGCAGCUUGAUGAACUGGAAAUUGCCAAGGAGUUGGAUAAGCUAUCUGAAAAGCUUGAUAACGUGGAUGAAAUGAUUUCUUCAGCAAUGGCUUCAGAUCCACAGGUGCAGUCCCUGUUGAGUGAUACUGCUGAUAUUUGGAUGCCGGUGAUAACUGCAUCGGCUGACGAACGACGAAAUUUUACAUCUUCCGUUGGAGAAAAUCCAGAAACAGAAGCAAACCGUGGAAGUUAGAUAUCAUCUUUUUUCUUUCCUUUCUUUAAAGGAUAAGUAAUUACAAUUAUCUGUCAUACUUUUGUUAUAUCGAUAAAGAAUGUGUUUUAAAGCUAGCUUAUACAGUGGUUGGAAACUUGGAUCUAUUCUUCCAACCAAUCUUGUCUGUAGAAAUCCUUCAUAAUUGUCUAAAGAUAAAUAUUGGGAAGGUUUUUUUUUUAAGAAAAAUUAUUGAUGUAAGUAAAUAUGCUAAUCUGAGAUAUUGCCCUUUAGGAAA